CUCAUCCUCCUCUCAAAGCACGGGGCCUCCUAAGUGCGCCAAUUGUUCGAAGAACCACUUCGGGAAGUGCAACGCACCCCCGAGGUGUUACCAAUGUGGGAAUACGGGCCACAUGAAGGCCAACUCCCCACAAUUGAGAGGAGGAGCUCCGGGGACCGGAACAGGGACCACAACAGGAAGAAACCGUGCGGGACCGUCAAAUGGCGGCACGGGGAGAGACAGCGCAUCCACUAGUCAUGCCGCAUUCGUCAACCAAGGUGGGACCCAAGCACGAGUGUACGCGAUGACCGAGGCGGAUGCGCGAGCAAACUCGGACUCCGUUGCAGGUGUGCGAGGAUCCUCAUCGAUACCGG